AUGGGCGGUGCCACCGCAGCGAAGUUCCUGUUCCUAGUGCUGGCGCUGAUGGCGGCAUUCCUCGGCAGGGCAGCAGCGUUUAGCGUGUGCAACGUGACGGAGGAAGGUUUAGAGGCGUGCAAGCCGUCGGUUACGCAGCCGAGCCCAGUGCCCCCGUCGACGGAGUGCUGCCACGCGGUGUCGGGAGCGGACCUCAAGUGCCUGUGCUCGUAUCGGAACUCGUUUAUGCUGCCUGCCCUAGGGAUCGACCCCGACCUCGCCCUCGCCCUUCCCGCCAAGUGCAACCUUCCCCCUCCAGCCGAUUGCUGA